AUGCUCGUGGCUUCCACCACCUCUGCUGUGCUUCGACCGCUCUCUCCACCUCUCCCACUUGGAAACAGCAGCAAGGAAGAGCCUGUGGACACCCGGGACCAGCUGCUAGCCCAGGCGGAGCUGGCCCUGCUCUCCGUAGUCUUUGUGGCUGUGGCCCUGAGCAAUGGCUUGGUGCUGGGGGCCCUGGCGCGGCGGGGCCGUCGUGGCCGCUGGGCCCCUAUGCACGUCUUCAUUGGCCACUUGUGCCUGGCUGACCUGGCCGUGGCUCUGUUCCAAGUGCUGCCCCAGCUGGCCUGGGAUGCCACCGACCGCUUCCAAGGGCCUGAUGCCCUGUGCCGGGCCAUCAAGUACCUGCAGAUGGUGGGCAUGUAUGCUUCCUCCUACAUGAUCCUGGCCAUGACGUUGGACCGCCACCGUGCCAUUUGCCGUCCCAUGCUGGCAUACCGCCACGGAGGUGGAACUCACUGGAACCGGCCAGUGCUGGUGGCCUGGGCCUUCUCGCUCCUUUUCAGCCUGCCCCAGCUGUUCAUCUUUGCCCAGCGUGAGGUGGGAGAUGGCAGCGGGGUCUUCGACUGCUGGGCCCACUUUGCUGAGCCCUGGGGCGUCCGUGCCUAUGUCACCUGGAUUGCCCUCAUGGUGUUUGUAGCACCUGCCCUGGGCAUCGCUGCCUGUCAGGUGCUCAUCUUCCGGGAGAUUCAUGCCAGCCUGGUGCCACGGCCAGCAGAGAGGGGUGGGGGGCGCCGAGGAGGGUGCCGAACAAGCAGUCCCGGCGAGGGAGCCCCUGUGUCAGCAGCUGUGGCCAAGACUGUGAGGAUGACACUGGUGAUUGUGAUCGUCUACGUGUUGUGCUGGGCGCCCUUCUUCCUUGUACAGCUGUGGGCAGCAUGGGACCCGGACGCGCCUCUGGAAGGUGGGUGUGGCUGUGGCUAG